AUGUGGUUCAUGUACGUGUGUGAUGAGGAAGAGAAGGAACUGGGUAGGCAACAAGCUCCUGGAUCAUGUCCUCACUGUGGUGGCAAAGUGGAAGCCAUGGAUGUUGAGAUCCAGUGGAAGCUUUGCUUCUUGCCCAUGUGCUUCAAGAUCAAGAGAAAGUUCUUUUGUACUCUAUGUGCUAGACGUUUAGAAUUGUAUUAUUGAUAUUAAUUACACUACUACUUACUCUUAUAUAUG